AUGCUCACACUUCCAAUUGCCAUGAUGGAUUUGGAGCCUCGCCAAGUGCUCGCGUAUUCCGUUCUACUCCUGAUACCAGCUCUAUAUUUUCUGCUCAGGCUUCCCAGCAGUCAGUUGGGUCACAUUCCAACGGUAGGAGGCCCGUCUACCCCCCUCUUUUCUUAUCUGGGUUCGUUUCGAUUCUUCGUCCGUGGAGUUAGUAUUCUUCAGGAGGGAUACACGAAGCAUAAGGGCCACCUCUUCAAAUACAAUGACUGGUACAGUUGGACAGUCGCUGUUACAACUGCUCAACAGAUAGAUGAGGUUCGGAAAGCGCCUGAUGACGUAUUGUCAUUUUUAGAAACAGGACUGGAAACAGUCCAGGGAGACUAUACAUUGGGCCGUGCUGUACACGAAAACCCAUAUCACAUAUCUCUCGUCCGAAGUCAGCUUACUCGAAGCUUAUCUGCCAUUUUCCCCCAAAUGAUGGAUGAAAUAUCGACUGCAUUUGAAGAUACAAUCCCGACCCCACAGAAACAUGGAGAUUGGGUGAAGGUUCACCCAAGGGAUGUUAUCACGCAGCGCGGUGUCAAAUUUCUGGGGCCGUUGAUAACAGAACGCUCCAGGUUAGCUGCCGAGUUGGGUGACGAGUGGAAGGAUAAGCCCAACGACAUGCUGCAAUGGUGUAUUGAUUCAGGCGUAGGCGAGGCCAUACCUGACCUCGUAAUGCGGAUUUUGACAAUCAACAUGGCAGCCAUUCAUAGUAGCUCUAUUACAUUCACUCACGCAAUUUUCCACCUUGCCACCAACCCUCAUUUUAUCCAGCCCAUACGAGAGGAAGUAGACGAACUGAUUCAAAAGGAAGGAUGGUCUAAGGAAACCCUUGGCAAGAUGCAUAAGGUUGAUAGCUUUCUUAGAGAAGCAAUGCGAAUGGAUGGGCUGGCUGCUGUUUCGUUGGACCGCGUGGCUUUGAAAGACUUCACGUUCUCUGACGGGACAAUUAUCCCAGCAGGAACACGUCUCGCUGCUCCUGCUCGCGCGAUCCAUCGUGACGACGAACUUUACCCAAAUGCCUUGACCUUCGAUCCGUGGCGUUUUUCAAAUAUGCGGGACAAGACUGAGCAAGGAGCGCACAAUUUCGCUGUGAAUACGAGCGCAGAGUUCAUGAUCUUCGGACAUGGGAAGCACGCGUGCCCAGGUCGGUUCUUCGUCGUUAAUGAGAUGAAAGCGAUGCUUGCCUAUAUUGCCGUCAACUAUGAUGUCAAAAUGGCGGACGAUAGCGCGGAUAUGCCUCCAUCUAUGUAUUUUGGAAGAGCUAUUGUACCUAACGGUACAGCUGAAGUGGCAUUCCGCAAACGCCAGCACUGA